ACAGUGGUCCAGUACCUGACCAGGGUGUACCAGUCCUCAGGAGGUGUUUCACUGGGACAUAACCACCAUGCCAAAAGUCCUGCUGCCAGAGACCGAUGACAAGAUAAGGGCCUUGGCGGAGAAGGUCUUUGCAUCGGAGACCAAAGAUGAAAACAUCCGUGAUGAAAUCUCCAUGUUCGAUGUGGCUGAGGAUUGUCCAAUCCUGCACCACGAGAUGGCCCACCAUCUGCACACUGAUGACGACGCAGAGAAACGAAAAAGGCUUCAGCGUUGUCGCACUGUGUGCUCUCCUGCUGCUGGUGCCCAGGCAUCUGCUGGUCGUGUGGUGUCUGCUGCAGUGGACUCACCCACUUACCUGGAAGUUCCCGAUUUUCAGAGAGUGGCCAUCCUCGGUGACUACGCUUCUGGGGUGACCAUGGAUGACUUCGAGCUGGCCUGUAAGGGUCUGUACCGCGCCCUGACCAUCAGGGAGAAGUACAUGAGACUGGCCUACCAGCGUUUCCCACGAACAGCCUCCCAGUUCCUGCGUCAAAUGGAGGGAGAGACCUUCAAAAUCGAAGAUCAGGUGCAGCCAGUUUUCACUCCUCCUCCGAAGGCUGGGGAGGACCCCUUUGACACUUCCAGCCUGCCUAAGGAUCUGGGCUACGUGGCCCGUAUGAAGGAUGGUCUCAUGUUUGUGUACAACGACGCUGCAGCUGCUGACAAACAUCAGCCCAAAGACCUGCCCCAUCCAGACUACAACACCUUCAUCGACGACAUGAACUUCCUCAUCGCCCUCAUUGCACAGGGUCCAACUAAGACGUACGCACAUCGUCGUCUGAAGUUCCUCAUGUCCAAGUUUAACGUGCACGAGAUGCUGAACGAGAUGGAGGAGCUAAAGGAGCUGAAGAUGAACCCCCACAGGGACUUUUACAACUGCAGGAAGGUGGACACUCACAUCCAUGCUGCUGCCUGCAUGAACCAGAAGCAUCUGCUGCGCUUCAUCAAGAGGUCUUACCGUGUGGAUGCUGACCGGGUUGUGCACAACCUUAAAGGGAAGGAAGUCACCAUGAGAGAGCUGUUCGAGUCUCUCAACUUGCAUCCCUACGACCUCACUGUGGACUCUCUGGAUGUGCACGCUGGCAGACAAACCUUCCAGCGCUUCGACAAGUUCAACGCCAAGUACAACCCUGUGGGAGCCAGCGAGCUGCGUGAUCUCUACCUGAAGACAGAAAACCACAUCAAUGGAGAAUACUUUGCCACAAUCAUCAAGGAAGUAGCCAGUGACCUGGAGGACGCCAAAUAUCAGUAUGCUGAACCUCGUCUGUCUAUCUACGGAUGUAACCCAAACGAGUGGUCCAAACUCUCAGGCUGGUUCGUCAAACACAGAGUCUUCUCCCCCAACCUCAAAUGGAUGAUUCAAGUUCCCAGGAUCUAUGACAUCUUCAGAGGCAGGAACUUUGUGCCCCACUUUGGGAAGAUGUUAGAAAACAUUUUCCUCCCCGUGUUCCAGGCCACAAUCGACCCGCAGUCCCACCCAGAGCUCAGCAUCUUCCUCAAACACGUGACAGGCUUCGACAGUGUGGACGAUGAGUCCAAACACAGCGGUCACAUGUUCUCCACCAAGAGUCCUAAACCAGAGGAGUGGGACAUCAGCAAGAACCCGUCCUACACCUACUACAUCUAUUACAUGUACGCCAACAUCGCUGUCCUCAACCAGCUGCGCAGGCAGAGGGGGAUGAACACGUUCAUGUUCAGGCCUCACUGCGGGGAGGCCGGGGCCAUCACCCACCUGCUGGCUGCCUUCAUGACUGCUGACAACAUCUCUCACGGCCUUAAUCUCAAGAAGGGUCCUGUGCUGCAGUACUUGUACUUCUUGACCCAGAUCCCAAUCGCCAUGUCUCCUCUCAGCAACAACAGCCUUUUUCUUGAAUAUGCCAAGAACCCGCUGCUGGAGUUCCACCAGAAAGGCUUGAUGGUGUCUCUGUCCACUGACGACCCCAUGCAGUUCCACUACACCAAGGAACCACUGAUGGAGGAGUACGCCAUCGCAGCUCAGGUCUUCAAGCUGAGUACUUGCGACAUGUGUGAGAUUGGCAGGAACAGCGUGCUGCAGAGUGCCUUGUCUCAUGAGGAGAAGAUCCACUUCCUGGGUUCAGAUUACCUCAAGGAGGGUCCGGAGGGCAAUGACAUCCGUAAAACCAACGUGGCUCAGAUCCGAAUGGCGUAUCGCUUUGAGACGCUGUGCUACGAGCUCAACCUCAUCAAGGAGGGCUUGAAGGCCGAGUAAACACUUUUGAAGGCUUAAAAAGGCUCCUGCAUUCGUUUUU